CACACCGACUCUGCUCCUCCAUUAGAUCUGCUACAACGAUGCUCAAGGCAGCGAAACCCAAGACGGCGAGGACGAAGCGCGUCAUGGACGACAGAGCGCCCAAACUCACGGAAAAUGCAAAGCAGGCCAUCUUUGUGCGUUCCCAAACAGCCAAUGCCAUCACGCAGUCUGUCUUGCAGGAUCUCAUGGCGCUCAAGAAGCCAGAUGCACAGAGUUUCAGUAAGAAGGAUAACAAGAUUUUGCCAUUUGAGGAUGCAUCGUCGCUCGAGUUCUUUGCAGAGAAGAAUGAUGCCUCGUUGUUUGUGGUGGGUACGCACAGUAAGAAGCGACCCAACAACCUCGUGUGUGCGCGCAUGUUUGACGGGAGUGUCCUCGACAUGAUUGAAGUAGGCGUUGAAAACCCCAAGUUCAUGCAUGAAUUCAAGGGCAGCAAAACAAAUGUCGGUAUCCGGCCACUCAUGCUCUUCUCGGGACCGCUGUUUGAGAGUCACCCGUCAUUCCGACAACUCAAGAGUUUCUUGCUCGACUUAUACCGCGGACGCGAGAUCUCAAGCAUGGAUGCCGUUGCACUUCAGCACAUCAUGGUGUUGACCCAUGCAGAUUCAUCAGACUCCUCCAUCCUGCCGCCUGUACAGCUGCGCGUCUAUCUCAUCAAGGCGCACAAGUCUGGCCAGAAGCUGCCGCGAGUUGAGCUCGAGGAGAUGGGUCCUAGUUUCGAUUUGCGAAUGAGAAGAUUACAGCUACCUGAUGAAGGUAUGCUGAAGCUUGCCAUGAAGCGUCCUACAAAGCAGGUGGCCAAGACAAAGAAGAACAUUCAAACGGAUGAGAUGGGUGACAAGGUGGCGCAAAUCCAUAUUGGCAAGCAAGAGCUCGAUAAGAUGCAGACACGCAAAUUCAAGGGGCUCAAGCGGUCGCGCGAUACAGAAGAGGAUGAGCAGGAGGGCAGUGAUGACUUUGAAGGUGAUGACAUUGUGAGUGAGGAUGAUGACAGCGAAGAGGAAGAAGCUGUUGCAGGCGGUCCAAAACGUCUUCGGCAGUAGAUGUCUAGAUCUCUUUUCUACAUACAUAUAGCAUCAGCGAGCACUUUUGGUUUCUACA